AGGAGAGAGGGAAGAGAAGGAGAAGAAAAAGAGGGAGAGAGGGAGAAGAGAAAGAGGGAGAGAGGGAGAGAAGGAGAGAGGGAAGAGAAGGAGAAGAGAAAGAGGGAGAGAGGGAGAAGAGAAAGAGGGAGAGAAGGAGAGAGGGAAGAGAAGGAGAAGAGAAAGAGGGAGAGAGGGAGAAGAGAAAGAGGGAGAGAGGGAGAGAAGGAGAGAGGGAAGAGAAGGAGAAGAGAAAGAGGGAGAGAGGGAGAAGAGAAAGCCGGGAGAGAGGGAAGAAUAUGGAGGAUGUCUAAGGCUUGGGGUGUAUGCCUCAGGAAUGUAUUUGGCAGUGGGUAAACACUGCAGGUAGCCUGAACACACACACACGCUCACGCCCAUUCAGUGCCACAUGCUCAUCUGUGCAGACAGUGAACCACUACUACUGUCUACUGCUACUGUACAUGGAACCACAGCUCAGGAAUACUAACAACCACAAACCUGAACCCAUAAAGAAGAUGUGUGUCUGCAACUUACAACAACAAAUGGCAGGAGGGCAAACUCAUACCUCAAUUCCUCAGCUGUAUUAAGGUUGUCUUACAGUAUCACCAUGGCUGUACAAGUGUCGGUGCUGUCCCUAGUCCUCACUCUAGCCCUGGGCCUGAUGCUGAGUGUCUGCAGGCCUGUGUGUGGCACCCCAGCAACAACCCAGGACCUGGACUAUGGAGGGGUUCCUCUCUGGAUCAACCGUCUUCUGGGGGAACCCUCUGUAUUCAGCCUGAGGGGCCGAAUGGACCGGGCAUGGUACAGAGCCAACAACCCCCAGUCCUGCCCUGACCUGUGUGACUGUCCUAUCCAGUGGCCCUCAGCUCUGUACUGUGACCACAGAGACCUGGGAGAGCUGCCGGACAGCAUGUUUUACAAUACACAAUACCUGUUCCUGCAGGGCAACAACAUCUCGUCCCUGCCCUCCUCCUCUCUCACCAACUCCUCAGGACUCCGCUGGCUCAUCCUGGAUGAUAAUCGUCUGCAGACAGACGGGCUGCAGACCUCCACGCUGCAGAACCUGACCCAGCUCCAAUACCUGUUCCUCAACCACAAUGAGCUGACUGUCGUGCCCUCUGGCCUGCCCAGGAGCCUGCGACAGCUCCGACUGGCACACAACCUCAUCACCAGCAUCUCCCCGGGAACCUUUGGGAACUUACAUAAUCUUACAUUGCUGCUACUGCAGGGGAAUAGGUUGAACGUGAUUACAGAGACUGACUUCACAGGCCUGGUGUCUCUUAACCUGUUGAGCCUGAGCGGGAACCUCUUCUCCUCCUUCCCCUCCCACCUUCCUCCCUCCAUCCAGCAGCUCUACCUCUCCAACAACUCUCUGUCUGGCCUGGGGGAGGAAAGUCUACAGGGCUUCACUAAUCUCAGGUACCUGCGUCUGAGCCGCUGUGGUCUAGUGAGCCCUUCCCUCCACCCCCGAUCCUUCAACCUGUCUUCCCUUGUGGAGCUGGAUCUCUCUUACAACAAGCUGACAACCAUCCCCCUGGUUCCCCUCACACUACAAUACCUAUACUUGGAGGCCAACCACAUACAAGAGUUUAACAUCUCUAGUUUCUGUCGGGAGGUGGGUCCUCUGUCGUACUCCAGGAUGAGGAUCCUUCGUCUGGACGGGAACAAGAUGUCCUAUCAUCUACUACCACCUGAAUGGGUCUACUGCCUCCGAGUCCUGCACCACAUAUACAUCUAACCCUGACCUCGUACCUCUAACCACCUGACCCUGCCACAACCCUGCUUUGAAGCUUACCUGGAAAGAUUCUGUCAAGAUUCCACAGGUCCGAACAUUCAGAAAUUAACACACACACACACAUGCACACAAGUACGUCAUUCAAACGCACAUCCUACAAACACACAUCAUUCAUGCCCACUCGGACGCACGUUUGGACACACACAAACGCAAGCAAACGCUUACAUGCUCUCAGAACAGGUCUUCAAUACUCAAUACAUGUAUUUUUUAUUUUAUUUUUUUAUCCUCCAGGAGUAGAGCUGAGGCUCAUUUAAUGUUGUUUUGCUAGUCUCACUGUAACCACCUCAUACUGUAACACAGUCUGAUCAGUGUAUGAAGCACAUAGUCAUUCAAUUCAUCCACAAACAUCACCCACCAAGGCUUGUUAAUACAUCACAGUACUGUAGAGUCAACUUGGAGUUGAACUGAUCCAACACACACGUAUUAAUGCGCACAUUGUAUGCGUUUUGUUACUGUAAAGUUUUACAAUAUCGUCAAUGUUUUGCUAAGGUCAAAUGAUGUGCUUUAUUGGAUGCAUGACUGUAACGCAUUGUUUUGGCAUAUGAACAGAACAAUACAAUUUACACCAUUAUCAAUUGUUUUUACUGUGUUUUUACUAGUGAUGUAGACAUGAAAUACUAUCUGUUUCAUAUAACACAAAACCUUUGUCAAUCCAGAGCGUUAGUCUCUAUAAACCUAGAUUGGUCUCAUUAGUCUAGAUCCUGUUCCUGUUGCUCUAUGGGUAACUAGCGCUCGGUAUGAGAGACACAGAAACAUAACUUCACUAUGAACACAGCCCAUAAAGGCCUGCUGUUAUAUUCAUGGUAACACAAGGUUUGUUAUUCCUGAAUAUCAGUUUCUUAGACCUAGAAAUCACACAUAAUAUAACUCUAUCCCGAGACACACAUUAAUAGAGGUAUAGGUUGCCCCAUGAGUGGAAUUUUAACAUGCCGUGUUCCGUGACGGCAUACCUCUGAACCUAUAGGGGAAAGUGUGUGUGCGUGUGCAUGUGCACGUGUGUGUACUAAUGUCAAUACCAACAUUUGACCGGAGACAUUGCACUUUGCAGACCCAGCCGUUCAGGGGGUACUACAUCUGGACCAACAGCAUACAUGCAAUGGAAACUGUGGCUGAGUGUGUGUCUGUGUGACUGUGUGUGUGUGUGUGUGUGUGUCUGUGUCUCUAAGUGUGUUUAUGGAAAGCCUGUGAUAAAUGGCUAUAUGGAUUUUUUAGGGCAGAUGCCGAUACCAAUUUUUGGGUUUACAUUUUCAGAUCAAACAAUACAUUUGACUUUGUUUUUACCAAUCUAACUACAUACCAAAAUAAUAGUCACAAUUGUAUUUGAAUCGUAAAUAUCUUAAUAAUCUGGGUAAGUCAAGAUGGCUUAGGCCUACUCACAAUACAGGUGAAUGCGUAUUCAAUAGGAGUGUGUGAAUGCAUUGAGUUAUUGAGCAUUUUCCUAGUCAGUGGAGUCCAUGGUGCUACAGAUGACAAGCAAUCAGUUGCCCUUCCAUUUGGGACUUAUAUUAGCCUACUGAUCAGCAACAUUUGCAUAGAAGGAUCUAUCAUGGUCCACACACCAAUGCAAUCAUGAAGAGGACACAACAUCCCCUCUUCCCCCUCAGGAGAAUGAAAAGAUUUGACAUGGGCCCUCAGAUCCUCAAAAGGUUCUACGGCUGCACCAUCUUGACUGGCUGCAUCAUUGCUUGUAUGGCUACUACUUGGCAUCCGGCCGCAAGGCGCUACAAAGUGUAGUGUGUACAGCCCAGUACAUCACUGGGGCCAAGCUGCCUGCCAUCCCGGACCUCUGUAUCAGGCCGUGUCAGAGGAAGGCCGUAAAAAUGGUUAAAGACUCCAGCCACCCAACUCAGCUAUCGCAUGGCCAUGAACAGCUUCUACCCCCAAGCCAUAAGACUGAUAAAUAGUUAGUUAAAUAGUUAACCAAAUAGCUACCCGGACUAUCUGCAUUGACCAUGUUGCACUAACGUUUUUGUCUCAUCACACACACUGCUACUACCCUUUAUUAUCUGUCCCUUUAUUCCUAGUUCUAUGUAUAUAUCUACCUCAAUUACCUCGUACCCUUGUACAUCGACUCGGUACUGGUACCCAAGUUAUUGCUGCUGUUGUGUAUUUAUUACUACGUGUUUAACUUUUCUAUUAUCUCUCCAUUUUCUUUCCCUCUGCAUUGUUUGGGAAGGGCCAUGAGUAAGCAUUCCACUGUCUACAUCUUUCCUUUACGAAUUACAGUAUAUUAUGAAUACAAUUAUACUUCAUUAGAAGCAACCUAAUCUCUUCCUUCAUAAAAGAGGUACGCUGUCUCCUUAACACUUAACACUUUAAUCAUUUUGCAGUUCCAGACGCUCCUCUGUCACAUACAAACAGUUCGACAAGAAAGAGAAAGUCAUUUAACGCAUUGAACAUUUUGGAAGAAAAUCAGCUUGCUUUGGGUUAUGGUUUGCAUAUUAUAACAAAUAAAGUUUUAGGGUAGUAAACUGACAUUAGCUUUAGCUGUAAGCUAGCCAGCUGAAUGUAGCGUCUUUUGCUAGCUAACUAGCAAGCUACCAGGUAUCUUUUUUUUUGUAAAUU